GCAUCUACACACGAAUGGGAUUUAUUAUUUAUUGACAACUUUUGGAUCACAGAUUGAUAAUUAUAAACCAAAAAAUUGGAUUAGAAGGUGAAUUUUAGCAUGAUGUAGCGAAUAUGUGCAUGGGUUGAUAGUUAGGCUCGUAAAUUCCAUCUACAGUUUAAAACAGUCAUUUGCCUCCUGCCUUUUCUAUUUUCCAAAUUCAGCAUACUUGACGAAUGAUCCGUCAUUAGAUCAUCAACUAAAAGAACCUAGUGCAAGAUGAGAUGCUAAUGUAAAUGUCAAAAGAAUUAUUUGUACUAAUUACCUUUAUUUCACAUUAAAUUGUUUUAAUGAGGUUUUUAUGUUCAGUUUAUUGUUUAGUUUUAAUAUCAUAUUGCUCCUUUUUUUUAAUUCAAUCUGUCACUGCCCGUACAAGGUGAGAGGGACAGAUGAUCAGUCACUGUAUGACAUGAUUAACCUCUAGUAUAUUGAAUUAUAGUCAUGAAAACUCAAUUUUACAAGGAAGGUUUAGCCUAACUUUUCUCACAACCAAAAUAAUAAUUUUAUCUCCUAACACAAUCUUGUCAUGUUGGCAUUUCAAAGAAGCCUAAUCAAAGGAUAAUAAACUAUACAAGUUAUCACCCAUUAUUUUUUUUUCAUAAAUUUUUUUAUACAACUCCACGUUGUGGAUACAUAUAUUAUCAUAACUUUUUCUCCAAAAUUUAUACAAAUAUCCAGAGUUCAAUUCUAUUUAUUAUAAUUCAUACUUACUUUUAAAGUAAAUAUUUGUAACUUCCUCUAAAUCAUAAGUCUCAAUCAAAAUUUUACUUCCACUAGGAGAAAAUAAGCUUUUAAUCUAAAAAAUACAUAACAUCUCUGGUUUAUUAUUGUUAAUUUUAAUUUCAACAUUUCCCAAUAGUUCCAUUCAUGCAUUAACUUGAAAUCACAAUAGCUAACCCACUUUCAUAUAUUAUCAUUAUAUUAAAUGCUUACAAGCAAAAAUUUGAUUGCACUUCCAACAUUUCGUAUUCUCUCCAAUUAUCACUGUUUAAAAUCACUAACCAAUGACAAAUGGCAUUAAUUAACUAAUUAUGGUGACUAAGCAACAAUCAAAAUCACUAUUUCAAAUUUACUAGUUUAAACUAGAGUAAAUUGUGUAGCACAACCAAAACGAAGAGGAAUCUGGUCACUAACCAACGAUAAAUAGCAUUAAUUAUCUAAUUAAGGUGACUGAGCAACAAUCAAAGUCACUAUUUCAAAUUUACUAGUUUAAACUAGAGUAAAUUGUGUAGCACAAUCAAAAUGAAGAGCAAUCUGGUAAGAGUUGAGAUCAAUUUAGAUUAAUACUAAUAAUUAAUCAUUGAUUUCCGACAUACAUAGGCCAAAACCACACCGUGAUCUGUCAUAGAAUUUUUUUCUCAGGUCCAACUUUCAAAUAACAAUGUAAUUUUUUUUUAAAAAAAAAAUCCAAUCACUAGUUAUUCACUUACAGGAAUAUUAUUAAAUCAUUUGAUUUUAUUCACUUAUAGAUCCUGUGUUGAUUAACCCCUUUAUAGCACCAUAAAGGCAUCAUCUUGCUUAAUACUAUUCAAUCAGUUGUUCCCAUCCAAUUAUCAGUAAAAAUAUGUAGUAUUGUCUCUCAACAAUAAACAACAACAUAUUAAAACUUAGUCUGACUUAACUUUACAUUUUAAACUUCCAAAUCUAUACGGAAUUUACAUAUUCCAAUUAGUUAUUCCAGUUGAAAAGCUCUUAUUCGCUUGGCGGUCAUUACACACUAUAACAUCUCGGCAGUAAAUUAAUUUCUUGUUCAACAAGUCAAUGAAGAGAUCCAAAGUCAAGUUAAUUAAAAUCUGACCAACGUUUGGUCAGUGACAUUCUUGGUAAUAGAUUGAACAUAUGAUUCACUUAUCAUAGGCAGUGUGUCUCUUAGCUUGACUUAUCCCCAACUUCCAUUUCUGUUUAAAAGACAAUACUAUGCAUCCCACCAAGAAAAACAUCUAUCUGGGCUAAUGAAUUCCUCAAAAACUUCCAAUCUACUGUUAUCACUGUUAUAACAGUGUUGCUGAGUAGGAGGUAAAUUGUCCCAUUUAUGCCCGAAAUGUAUAGAUCUAAUGAGCACCGCCUACCUUAACAGAAUAGGUAAGAGCCCCUUUCAGGAUAGCUUGGUCACCCUAAGAAGGCCAGACCUGCUCAGGCAUAGAUCAUUUCAUCAUCAUCAACAUAUUAACAGUAGUCUUAAAGCUUUUCCCUAACCCUUAAAAAUGAAGAUGACGACAUGCUCUGAUUGUGCUGGUGCUGGGCGUGUGGCUCCUGCACACCCAUUGAAUCAAACAAUGUGCUUUAGAUGUAAGUACUUAUGAUAUCCAGUGAAAUUGUCUAGAUCUAGCAAAAUAUGGCAUUCAACCUUUAACUCAAAAAUGACUCUCUUUGGGCAGCAUCGGCAGCAACGACUAACAAUAGCAACCCUAAAAUAUUAAUUCACUUGUGCUUUUCCUUUGAUGCCGAUAAGAUGAUGGAUCUUUUGUGCAAAGUAUGAUUUUAAUUGUUUUUUCAUUCUCACAAAUUCUUUAAUGUAUGUUGGUAGCAGGUGAUUCUUUUGUCUCUUUCUAGUUUGUGGAAAAAUUGGGAAGAGAACCUAUAGUGUAGGAGUAUACAUUACCUGUGAUUGCAAGGUAGGGAGGUGUUAUGUGCUUUUGUGGAUAGAUAAACAGAUGUUACAGGCAGUGACAAAUUGCAUUAGAGGAAGGUAGAAACAAGUUGCAUUAAAGAAAAUGAGCAAAUAAACAGUGGUGAAAUUCAACAAUGGAAGACUUCAUAAAAAGUACUGUUGUUUCCAAACAAAGAAUGGCAGAGCCUGAGAGAGGUGCUUCCACUUCUGCUCCAAGAAAAAGGAGCACGCCAAUGGAAGAUGAUUUCGGAAAGGAUUUCCUUGAUGUUUGGAAAUCGUCAACGUCAAAAAAUUCAAUGGAUUAUGAUGUAGAAACAGUUUCACAAACUGGCAAAAGUUUCUUUAACUUUGACAAACUCGAUGACUUUGAUCUUGGUGGUGACUUUGGGAAACUAUCAUCUUUUCAAAUUGAUAUGUCUGAUUUGGACUUCCCAGUGUCACUCAAGAAGACUACAAAGGGCAAUGCAAACGAAACUCUUAUUGGAAAGCAAGAUCUGAAGAAAGACAAUUUCACUUUCAUGUUCGAUUUUAACAAGCUGGACAAGUUUGAUCCCACAAAAUUGGACAAGACUGAAAUCCCUUCUGGUAAAUGCAUGGAUGACAUUGCACCUAAUAUUUCUGAAAAAGAGCUUCAUAAGCAUGAUAAACAGCUUGAUUUGAAAAGGGAUAGCCCUGUUAUAUCCAGUCAUGGAGAUGUAAUAUUGAAAAAUAAAGAAAGCUUGUCCACGUCCACAUCUGAUCAAACUUUGGGGCCUGAUCCUGUAACUGAACUGGAAGGAGAAGCACUUCCUUGGGUUAGCAAAGAUCUAAGUUGUGUGAACUCUAAGUGUAUUUCCUCCUUGGUACAGGAUACUGGUGCGAAAUCACAUGAUAGUUUUCAAUCCAGAAAUUCUAGCCCUGUAAAGUCUUCCAACUCAAGUUUUUCUUGCCCACCAAAAAGCAGAACAAGAUCCAAAGAUGCCACAACACUUCAGAAUCAUGAGGAUGACCAAGAUGAGGUAACUGGAAUAAAUAAGACCUUGACUGGAUCAUUCCAAGUCUAUGAUGAAGUUGUGCAGAAUUCUGUGAUUGCAAUUCCACAGAAACAUACUGAAGCUUCUUGUGUUGAAGUUCCUUCCUCUAUGAUUCCUGGUGAAACUACUAGAAGCAAUGUAAAUAGUCCUCUUCAAGUACAAGAUAAAUUGCACACAGAUGAGAAAAAUCAUCUUACUAAAUCAAUGACUUUAAGGAUUAUGAAUGAAAACAACAAUAUGUCAAAUUCCUUAUUCAACAAGGAAUUAAAAACAAUUGGCAUUUCUGAGAGAAACUUGCUGUUAAAGUUGCCUGUCCCUUCCCUCACCAAUAUGCUACCUUUGAAGCGGAAAACUCUUAAGGAGCCUUUGACAGAACCAAAGAUCUUAAAUACAUUUGAACAUGUCAAUUCUUCACCUAAACGAAGGGUUACUCCAAGCGACACCAUAAAGAGUAUGACAUCUAAUAUUCUUUCAAGUGCAAUUAUGAGCACACCAAAGAACAAUUCUAUUGAAGUCCAAGAUAGCCUACAGAAGGAUGUCAAAACACGUUCACCUAGUUUGAGGACUUUAAGUAAACCUAGACUGACUAAAGUGAACAGCACCAUAUCAAAGUCUGCGGUGAUCAAAGAAACAAACAUGACUGUAGAAACAGAACUAAAGUUAGCAUCCAAGUCAAUUGCCUCUUCUAAUACAACGAAGCUAGCCUUCCUAGAUCCGCCUCUCAAAAUAAAGACACAUAAGGAUCCAUAUUUGAAGGCCUCUGAUACAUCAAAAUCAAUGGACCCUUCACCAGAAAGGAAAUCAGGACUAACCUCCCCAAUGACUAAAGAAAAUCCAGAAGGUUCUAGCAAUGUUGCAUCAUUGGAGAAUCACGGUUCUGUAGAGGGUGCACCUGAGGUACAGAACAUGGACUAUGAGCCUGUACUAAUAGAUGAAAAUGGCAAUGCAGAGAAAGCUGAAUUCUACUCAAAGAAACUUGCUGAUCUAUCUAACAUGCUGAAGAAGAAACAUGAGGAAGCAAAGGAGCUACUAGUCCGUGCCGUCGUCAACAACAACAGACUGUUGAUGCUAAACAGUCCAAUGAUCGAUGAGAAGAUAUCCUUUUGCCGUUUUAUAUACUUAACGAAGCAUUCUUCUAUCGAGCUGGAUUCAUUUCCUUGACGACAAGAUACAUUCGCCAACUUCAGAGGUUCGCCACCAGCUUGAAAUCGAGAGAAUAUUAGAUAUCUCCUAUUACCCGCCAAUAAAAUUUUGACACCAACUGAUGGAUAAAACUAACUCUCCGAAUACAUUUUCGGAGACUUUUACUAAACUCAUUUGUUUUUCUGAAAACAUGUAUGAGCCUAUUAUGGGCAUCUUGUUCAUAGUUCUUAAGCCGACAUGCUAGUGCUUCUUAAGAAAUAUUCAGGUACUUGUAUUUUUUCAAAUUUUAGACCCUUUUUUCAUGUGAGCUAGAAUCUAAACCAGUAUCAUUUAAAUUUCGCUA